AUGGAGAGUGAUGAACCGUCAAGAACGGGCGAAGAAAGCGAUGAAAUGUUGGUUUAUGGUCCGUUGCCGAGAGAACCAGACGAGAAACUCUAUCCAUGGAAGUAUGAACGAAAGGAUAGCGGUGUGCGGAAGUUCUUCCGCUUCUUCAAGGAAUUUGGCGCGAAUCCAUCGCCACGGCGCGGCUCAUCGACAACGACUUCGCCCCGCCCACAACGUGCUAACCCGGGAAAUUAA